AUGUCUGGAAUCGAUGACCGAGUCCGCGACGGCUCUUCUUCGAGCCCGCCGUCGAAUCGCACACCGCGGCUAGCCUUUCCGACAACCCGCUCGCGGCCCACUUCCAUCGUCGACUCGGUGGAGGCGACCACUGAAGCGAUGCUCUCAACUUCUCCAGCGUCGUCGAUCGCCUCGGCCGGCGCUUCUCCGCGAAAGCACACACAAUCAGCGGCAGAGCGUCUUGCAUCUGCACAGGCAAAGGAUGCUGCGGCUGCGGCUAAAUCGCACAGAGCGCGAACUUCGUCCAGUACAUCUCGAUCCAGCACCGACGGGGCGCGUCCAAAGCUUCCCUCGUUGCUACAGGCGACCAGCACGAUAAAAUCAGGAGCAACGCCUGUCACUAGCAUUUCUGUCGACACCUCCUCCGAUGCGCCAACCCAGGACACAACAUCGAAAUCAGGUGUGCCCUCGAACAUCCCUGAGUCGUCUUCGCCGGACACGGGCAGUCAAUCCACAUCGAGGCGUGCGUCUCGCGAUCAGUCUUCAAUCACCAGCACCAGCAAAAAGGUGGCAGGCCCAAGCACGACCAAGCAGACGACGGCUGCACCACGGUCAACUCCCAAUGCGCCUCCUCUGGUCGCCCUUCUUUCCGAUUCGUCCACGUCAAAGCUCAUCAAGCAAGGUGCCGAGGCCAAAGUCUACAUCUCCCGCAUUGCGACCAACAACAUCCUCUCAUGGCCUCAGCCACGCUCGUCCGAGCUCGAAUCGACCAAAGUGGAGCCUCCUGCUUCCGUCCUGCUCAAAUGGCGCUUUCCAAAGACCUAUCGACAUCCGACGCUCUCGAACAACAUCACUGCUUCGCGCACCAUCAUGGAGGCCAGGGCACUGCUUCGGUGCGCAAAAGCGGGGGUAGCUGUACCGAGCGUUCGCUGCGUUGAUGAGAAGGAGGGUAUACUGGGUCUUGAGCUCAUCGCUGGCAAGAGCGUACGCGAGUGGCUCGGUGGUGGUGCUGAAGGCGAGGACGACACGUUGAUCGGCAACGGAGAUGCCGAAGAGGAGGAAACAGUGCUUUCGGAGAAUGAUCAGGCCAAGUUGAUGAGGUUGAUCGGGAAACAGUUGGCUAUCAUGCACGAAGCUGACAUCAUUCACGGUGACCUAACCACUUCCAACAUGAUGUUGCGCCCUGCUUCGCCAUCCACCGCCGCAGACGGCGCAGCAGCGACCGUUGAUCUGGACCGUGACGAGGUGGUUCUGAUCGACUUUGGCCUCUCCUCUGUUUCAGCAUUUGCCGAGGAUAAGGCUGUGGACCUGUACGUGCUUGAGAGGGCAUUCGCUUCGACGCAUCCUGCCUCCGAAGCGCUCUACCGCACCAUCCUCAACAGCUACGCGGAAGAGGUCACUGCUCGUUCAGCUGGCAAGAACCGCGGAAAGGGCGGUAAGCUCGACAAGUGGGAGGAAACACGACGCAAGCUCGAAGAAGGUAAGUCGACUCACACUCGCAGGGCAUCUGACAUUGCAGAGCUUUUCACUGACCCUCUCUCGUGCGCAAUUUCGACUGAUGAUGACGAUCUUUUGGCAACAGUCCGAAUGCGAGGUCGCAAGAGAUCCAUGGUGGGAUCGGCUCUAUGGAAAGAAAACUGGCACCGUCGUGUAGUGGUCAAUGUCGAGCUAUCGAUUCAGUUCGAGUGUCACGGUGUCACCACUGCUCUUCGAUCGUUACCCUCCAUCGCAGGUGCACUGCUGCAGUUGCGACCAACUCACGCUCUGCGCUUGCUCAGAUCUUCACCCGACACCGCCGAUCGUACCGGCCAAGACUGGCUCGCAUUGGCAUCGAGGAUGGACACGGAACUGGAUCACAUUGGAGCAGCGAGUCUGCUGGGCUCGCACACUCCUCACGAGAGCUGUGCGAGGACACCGCCGAGGCAAGCUCGACCCUGGUUGAGCUGGCAUCUGGUACCUUUGCAGUCGACGUCUGUGUUGACGAGGGUGCCGUUGGCAGGGUCGUUGGAGAAGGUUAUGGAUGUGAUGUUGACAAAGGCAUUGCAGACGGUGGAUGCGGUUGUGCCGGAUGCUGCUUCGCCUUCGCGUGUGAUGGGUUGGCGGAGGGGAGGCAAGAGCAAGACGGACUGA